UGUGAUCACCGGGCGCCAUAACUAUGUCGUAGGAUGUGUGUUGGCGAAUUUUGUUUCUCUUUGAUCCUCUCAGCAACCAAACUGGACUGGUCUUGGUAGAGAAAGUCCACCAUAAGGCAAAAGAUGAAGAGUUUAUGGUACUUUGUGGUGCUGGUACUUUCAGCCCUUUCCCAGUGCAUUGACUGUAUAGAACUUGUAAAAUCUGCUGAUCUGGACCACUUAAAACUUUCUGGUUACGAGCAGUAUUGUCACUCAUAUUGUGUCAAUACUGGAAACAUAACGGCCUUUUUUUGGUAUCCCCGUUACAUCAAAUAUGAUCGGAUUACUGGCAUAAAGGUUUUCGUCAUGUACUCUGAAGAGGUCAACCAGUUAUACCCAACCAACGGCUGGAAAGCGUAUUGCAAUAUGAACGUCCACUACCACGGAAAUGGGAAGGUUACAUGUUAUAGAGAUAAAUUUCCAUGCUGGUGCUUUGACAAAGAUGGAAUCUCAAGGAUGAAGUUUUUCCCUUACCGUUACCCAGCCUUCUAUCAGAUUCAGGUUCAAUAUGAAGGACAGAGCAUCUACACCGGAUACUUACAAAGUAGCAAUUGGUUUCAUCAUAAGCAAAAUCGAGAGAACGAACUAUACCAUAAGUCAUAUUGGAAAUACAAGCCAGAAUUAGGCAGUUGCCAUUAGCACUCCAGCGACACCGUCUAGUCAGAGAGUAGUUUUUCCGUGAACAUGAGUCCUGUCAGCACCAGUCUCCUGAACAAACAUGUUAGACACACAUUUUAUUCCAGUUUGUUUUUCAACGUAUGUUUUUUAAAAAAAUUGUACGGUAAUAACGAAGAACAAAAACGCGAAUGGAUUUAGUUCAUGUACACGGAAGAUUUUAAUUAUUGCAAACUGUUUUUUGGUUGCUAAUUAUGCUCUAUUAACAAUUAGCUAGUAUAACCACUAAUUGUU